AUCUGAGUGUGGUUCACCAACACAUUUCCUGUUGCUUUAACAAAAAAAGGCAGUUGUCUGAGAGCGACAGGAAAGCUGCCGUCCUGAGCGAAGCAGAUAAAUGAGUCAACUGAGACACCCAGUCUCUACAUGUGCUACACGUGCAGCUCAAUGGAAAAUGUGGCUGUUCAAGGUCUUCAGUGUAAUAUAUGCGGUUGCUGUUUGUGCUUCUGAGGAUAACGAUGCAACCACCUACAAUCCUACAGAAAGUGAAUCGACAGCACCUCCUCCUUUUGAGCCUCCGGUACCAGUUCUGGAGCGAACGUCCUCCUGGUCAGACGUCUUCUCUUCUGAGAAAGUAGUGCUAGAAUGUAAAGCCACUAGCAGCUCGGAGCUGAUCAUCACAUGGAAGAAAGAUGGAAGCCCUCUAGGUUCUGGUCCAAAUCCGUCUCCGUCCCCAGAUAAGUCAGUGCUUACAAUCACAGUGUCAUCAUCACAAGAUGCUGGAUAUUACACCUGUGUGGUUGAGGGCAAAAAGAAGCCCAGUCAAACUAAAGAAAGUGGACCUGUCGAAAUUAAAGUUAUUGACCCACCAACACCAGGUCUGCAGCUUCAGACUGCCUGGAAAGAUGUGUUUGAAGGUGAGGCGGUGGAAUUUCGCUGUCACGUUGUCAGCAGCACCCCUGGCUGGACGUUUACAUGGCACAGAAACAAGCAGCAGCUCCAAAAUAACCCAGUUGAGAUCAUUAAUGGGGACGGAUCAUCAUUAAAAAUCAACCCGGUCCGUCAGACGCAUAAAGGAUCAUACACCUGCAAAGCUCACCUUACAUCUAGGGGAGUGAACUCUGGAUUCAGCAGCGAGGUUAUGAUCCAAGUUAGCGCUGAGAAACCCACUCUCACACUGACACGAGAUCCAGAAUACGAUGUGAUGUUUGCUGGAGAAGCGGUCACCUUCAGCUGUGCCAUCAGUGUCCAGUCUGCAUGGACGUACCUGUGGUACAAAGAUGGCAGUAAGGUUACUGAAUCAUCAGACAAACUUAAAGUUCAAAUUAGGGGAACAGCAGAUCAGGGAUCGUAUACAUGCAAAGCAACAAGAGGUCAAAAUCCAGCCUUCAUCACUGAUUCAAGUGCAGCUAAACAAUUUAAAGUGCAACAAAACAAGCCUAAGCCUACAAUAACUCAACAGCCAGAUGCUAAAAAGCUUUACGUUGGAGAAAACAUGUCCUUUGAAUGCAAAGUUGAAAACUCCGAUGGAUGGAGCUAUGACUGGUACAAAGAUGAAGCAUCGAUUCCCAACAACAGCAACAGUUUAAAAAUGAAAGGACUCGCUUUGCUAAACGGGGGAGUUUAUAAGUGCAAGGCCAAAAGAGACAAAACAGGAUUCAACACAGAACUCAGUGACCAGCGGACCGUACAAAUCUCUGAAAUUCCUGUUCCAACUUUGAAGCUGGUAACCAAAUGGCCAGAUGUGUUCCCCACUGAGAGUGUAAAUAUGAGCUGUGAGAUGCAGAAGGACAGCGCUGACUGGACAUACGCAUUUUACAGAGAUGGCACUGAGGUCCAGCAUUAUAAUUCAGAUAAGGACAGAAAUCUUUCCAUCACCUCUGCUUCAACCUCAGACGGGGGAAACUACAGCUGCUCAGGAAAACUGAAGAGCAGGGACGUCUACAGCACCAAAGGUUCUCCACUAAAUCUUCAUGUCUAUGAUGCAAAACCGACAGUCACACUGGAGCAGAAUCCGGCACAUAAUUUGAUGCACUCUGAGGACUCGGUGUCCUUUAACUGUCACGUUAAUGUUUCCUCUGGAUGGACAUAUUGGUUUGUGCUUCCAGAUGGCAGUGAGUUAGACUUAUCUGUAAGCAAACACAACAUCACUUCUGUGGCAACAAAAGACUCUGGUUCAUAUAAAUGCAAAGUUAGCAGAGGAACAGAAAGGGUCUUCGAUUCAAGCUACAGUAACAAAAUAAAGCUCAGCGUUGAAGAGCGCCCAAAGGCUUCUAUAGUCCUGCUAACUGGCUGGUCAGACGUCUUCUCCACUGAUAGCUUGAGUCUAAAAUGUGAAGUAAAGGAGAGCACGCACAACUGGAUGCAUUACACAUGGUUCAAAGAGGGGGAACGAAUCGAUUCAUUCAAUGUGACACAUACAGUAACUCCCAGCAAUGACCCCGACCAGAGUACUUACACCUGCUGUGCACAUGCUGAUGAGAGACCCUUAUACUCAAAAUCCAGUGACUCCUUCAAGACCAAGAACCUUCUGUUAAAGAGGCGGGUGCUUCUUUCCAUCUCUGGCUGCAUCGUCUUUGGUAUCGCUGCGGUCUUGAUAGGAUGCGUGGCCCUGAGAGUCUUCCGCAAACCAAAUGGUCGUGAUGACAAAAUGGAAGAGGUCAACCUGUUUCCGACAAUGGCCGAGCUAAAGAUAACUGAUGUGCCGUGUCCACUGGUUGAGUACAUCACUGAUGCCUCUCUGAAUGCACCAGCUAAAGAAGAAGAGGAGGAGAAUGGCACAGUCUGCAGUGAAACAACACCCUUACCAAUAACCAAGCAGGAGGACCAAGCUGCAACGACUGACAACCAGGAAACAACAGAAACCAACGGUGGGCUGAGUUCUUUUCUAAAAUGAAUGACGAAGUCUUUGCAGCAACAACAGGCCUAUCAAUGAGUCAGCAGACGUACUUCAGCUCUGUGAGGCUUUAAUGGUCAGUGCACACCAGAAAACAACAUCUUUGUGCGAUCUAGUGAUGUGGCAGUCACAGGACAUCUGAAACUCAGCUGAAGAUCAUUACGAUUGAUGUGAAAGGUUUUCGUUUUAGACGUACUCUGUCAUGGCCCGACAGCUGGAAACUCUUCAGGGCGAGAUAGUUUUAAAAAAACAGCUACUGAAAAAAAUAAACAUAUGAUAAAAUAUGC